GUCCUCAACCAACCCCCUCUCUGCUAGGUCAGGCGUGGGGACGGGGGUCUGGGCCGCUCGGUCCUCCCAGGUGAAAGCCGGGACACCACCCUCACAAGGAUUACCAGGAGGGGCACUGCCCCCAAGGGCAGCUGGAGAAGAGAGAGCCGAUUGCAGGGUGCCCCGUGUGAGGUCCCUGACGGCGGCUCCUUUGGAGAUGGCUGGAGAACCAUGCCUGUGAUUCCACCGUCCCUAGCCACGCUGGUGACUCCGCCCUCCCUCGCCACACCGGCAACUCCGCCGUCAGCAGGAGCCCAGGGAUGAAGGGGGCAAGCAGGAGCUGAGCCCGUGUAUUAAUCAUGCUUUCGUAUUUUCUGUAUCUGAUGCUUUGACAUCUGGAACCUCAUUAGCCCGAGAGGCCUGCCCCUCCCGGGUGAGCGAUUUCCUAGAGCUAGUGAGCACCCCCCAGCGUCUUUCCAAAUGCAAACCAGGCAACAAGAGUCUGCACCCCAGCGGCCAACGCGAGUCCACAGCCCACUGCCUCUGUCCUUCACUCAGGCUGCCAUCCUCCCACCCAACCACUCGGGGGAUGGCCCCUGCCCCAGAGCUGCUGAGAUGACGGAAGCCAGGCCCCCCAGGCCUGCUCACCCGGCCUUGCCCAUUCCUGGCCACGUCCCCCUCACACCCUCGGCCUCCUGCCCAGCCUGGCGCCUCCCUGGUGGCCCUGCCUGGGGGUACCACCUUCUCUGGGAUCCGUAACAAACCAUCUCACCAAUGGCCAUUGUCUCCUGGCCUGCUGACUGCGCUGUCCUGAAUAAUGAUAAAGCCACUUGGAGACCAGGGCAGGCGGUGGCACCCCAUCCUGCUCAGCUCCUGAUCUUGCAGAGCAGGGGAUGCACACCCAUCACAGAGGCCCAUCUCACUGUUCUACACAGAGCUGGAAGAUUCUGGCUGACAGGCAAAGCCAGCGUGAGGCUGUGAGCCUGGAGAAACCUGCCGGCCUCCACAGCACCCUUCGCUGGUGCUGACUGGCCUGUCAGCGUCCUCAGUGCCACGCUGUCCUGCCCGUUUAAAGGCAUUUGGGAGGAAACGCGACACGAUUGCUGUUGGUUUCCAGAUGCUGAGUCCCCGCAGCUCUGGGUGGCUUUGUGGCCGCUUUGGCGGAACAGACACAAUUAGGUUUCAUCGGGGCCCUGCCUGGAACCCCAGCUCUUUCUCAUACAAUUUGCAGGUGACACAGCCCAGGCUCUCAGGGACAAAGGAGCUGCAAUUUACCAGCCCUUCUGUCGGGCUGCAGGCCCCACACACAGAGACACAGUCAGUUUCUAAGCGGAGGCCAGGAUGCAGUGCCCAGCACCGCUUGGAUGCCAGUGCAGCCCAGGGAGGAUACUGGGCGUGGCCCUGACCCUCGGUGAGGCUGUUUGUGUGCUGGCCUCAACAGACAGCACGAGCAGCUCCUCCAGGGAGGGCGUGCUUCCUCCCUUUCCCAAGAGUGCUGCCCUGCCGGGGCUUGGCUAGUGCGGGGACCACUCCGAGGGCCAAGCAAAGCUGGUGUGGCCCAGGGUCCACUUGAACCUGCCUGUUGGCUCCAAGACCGAGGUUCAAGAAUGAAGCCAGCCCUCUUUGUAUCAUCAGGACACACAUGCUAACCAGCACCCAGGUCCCAUGGGGCCAGGCUGGCACCACCACAGCCACUGCGUGGCUCACGUGGCAGCACAGAGCAGCCAGUGGGCAUGGGGGGGCAGUCUCGCAUGGCCACAUGGGACCCAGCACGGGACCCAGGUGCCCCCCAUCACCUCCUGGGUGCUGGCCCUCCCUGACUUGCAGCAGGGGAUGGACAAGGCACGAGGGGGCGGAGAGUAGGGUGGCGGGGGGGCUUCUGGGCCAGGCCUGAGGGGCCGCGUCCCCCUCCCCAAUCCCCUGUCCAGGGCUCAGCCAAAGGACUCCUAAGGGACUGGACGUGUGGAGGGAGGGGAGACGGUGGUGGGAGACACAAAGGGGCUUGUCCAUGCCCAUCUAAUGAGAGACAGAGACAUAGAGAGAGACAUAGAGACACAGAGAGAUGGAGAGACAGAGACAUGAGAUAGAAACAUAAGAGACAGACAGACAUGGAGAGAGACAAAGAAACAGAUUAUAGAGAAGACAGAGAGAGAUAGAGAUGAAGACACAGAGAAAGACACACAGAGGAAGACAGAGAGAGGGGCACAGCCCCUUGCUUCUCUCCCCACGGGGUCCCUCAUUCAGGGAGAGCAAUGUAGAGGCUUUCCUGGGGAGGGUCAUUUGCUGACGACGUCCUGGAGACCGGCACCCAGCACUCUCAUCUGCAGGAAGCAUGGUGCGUGGUGCAGCCGCAGGCCCAGCGAGGAGCCAGGACCUGGGUGCUGAGCGCAGUCUGCAGCCUCGGAGGACGGUGUUUUCUGUGGCAGGAGUGGGACGGGGAGGGGGUCCACAGGCAGGGGGCACUGAGUGUCCCCCAUGUCCAGCUCCUCCCUGGUCUCCGCUGGGCGUCUUCCUUCCCAAGCUCUGCGUGCCCACGUGGCUACCUUGGGAGGUGCUCCAGCAUCUGGGGGGAUGAGCAGUUUUCUCUUUGGGCCGCUGACUGGGAUGCCCACUCACAAGACUGGAGAGACGCUGUGGCUGCUUCUGUGGCCAAAGUUCACCUCUUCACUUGGCACCAUUCUGAGCUUGAGGCUUGGGCUCCCAGGCAGCCUGUGAGGCAGCGUUUCUGGGCUUUUCCUCCCUGUGGGCAGUCUGCCCUUGUAAGUGGGAAGGAGAAUUUGGGGAUAACUUGGCUCUUUCUUGACUGAUAGGUUUAGUUGUGUGAUGAACUGUGUGUUUCCUUUUGGGUGUUGUGAUCCACUAAACUGUUAUAAAAUCUGGUUUUCACUUUGAAAAUAAUGAGGAUGAGACUUCACCUCUCAAGUUAUGGCCACCAUUUGCUCAAGCCCACCUCUCUUCCAUUUUGCCAAUAUUCCUUGGAUACAAUAACUGAUAGAAUGACCCACCCAUCCACCCAUUUACCCAUCUACUCACUCAUUCACCCACCUAGCCACUAUCUAUCCACCCAUCCACGCGGACUCAUCUACCCAUCCAUCCCUGCAUCCAGCCAGCCAUCCAUUCAUCCAUCCAUGCAUCCCACCCACCCAUCCAUUCACUCAUCCAUCCAUCCACCCACUCAUCCAUCCAUUCCUUUAUCCAUCUACCUACUCAUUCACCCACCUAGCCACUAUCUAUCCAUUAAUCCACACGCACUCAUCCAUCCAUCCACUCAUUCAUCCAUCCAUCCAUCCCUGCAUCCAGCCAGCCAUCCAUUCACCCAUCCAUGCAUCCCAUCCAUCCAUCCACUCACUCAUCCAUCUAUCCAUCCAUCCAUCCCUGCAUCCACCCAGCCAUCCAUCCAUCCAUUCACCCAUCCAUCUAACCACUCAUCCAUCCAUUCCUUUAUCCAUCCGUCUACCUACUCAUUCACCCACCUAGCCACCAUCUUUAUCCACCCAUCCAUUCAUCCACCCACCCACCUAUCCAUCCAUCCACCCACUCACCACUCAUCCAUUUACCCACUCAUUUGCCCACCUAGACACCAUCUAUCCAUCCAUCCUCCCACCCACUCAUCCAUCCACUCAUCUACCCAUCCAUCCACCAUUUAUCCAUCAAUCUACCUACUCAUUUGCCCACCUAGCCACCAUCUAUCCCUUCCUCCUCUCACCCACUCAUCCAUCCCCCCAUCUGCAUUAGUCCCUAGAACCAGCAUGACUCUGUCUAAGCGCUGUGCAAAGCUGUGUCAUCAAGAUGAGGAAAAAAACCUUACAGGCCAAGCAAGCCCUGUGUUCCCAGCCCAGGCCUCCAGGAAAAGGGUUGGAUGCACCAGAGGUCCAGGCUGACGCGGACGGAAACCUAGGCAUCCUGAGCCCCAGGUUGUCUCACCUGGUACAAACCCAAGAGGCACCUAGUCAGCACUUCCCCUUUGGCAGAACGGAAUUUCCCCUUUAACAAAAGGCAGGGCUUCAUAUUCACUCUGGAGGAAAUUGUGUGCAUCCCUUUGAGAGAUUUCACUGAACCUGAUUUUUAAAAAAGAUUUACAAUCUGCUCAGCGUGUCCCUGCCCCUGGAGCCCAGGCCUGUUUCGGGAAAUGAUAAUUCCUCUGGUGCGGCUGCGGGUGAUGCCACCCUCUUGUCACAUACAUGCUUCGUUCUGCAGCAGCGAUCCGUCUUCGGGGCAGGAUCUGCCUGGAUUUAUCACUGGAAAGGCAAAUCCCAUCUCCCAGGGCGCAGUGGGCGCCAUUCAUCAAUGUCCAACAGGAAACCAUCUCUUCCUGGAUGACGGAGGUUUCAGAUACACUGGAGGCAAAGCAGGCAGUGGCCACAGCGUUCCUGCCCCAGGGCCAGCCGUUGUCCAGACCCUCCCGCUCACCUCACCAAACACUGAACAUCUCAAACAAAUGAGAGAAACAGCGUCUUCAUUCCAAACAAGUGGUUCUCAAAGUGACUGAGUAGCACCAAUGUCACCUGGAACUCCCAAGAACCGCAAGUUCCCAGACCCCACCUGGGGCCUGUGGAGUCAGAAGCUCCGGGGAGGGCGCCCCACAUUUUGAGCUCUCGGGAUGCCGCCGAUGGAGCCAAGUGCCUGAGGCUUCUCACCCGGUCCCACCCCCUCCACACAACCAUCUGUCCCUGAAGCCCUGUCCCUUGAAUGGCAGAACGACACCUGGUGGCUUUUUCUAUGAUGUGCUUCUGUCCUCAAGCAGAGAUGAGGAUACAGUUUAGGUCAUGAUUUCUGCGGAAUCAGGCCCGCUGCAGCUGUGACGGAUGAAAUGGUGGGGAAGACAUUUGUCAGCACCACAGACAUAGAACUCUCCCCUGCUGUUUCAGACACACAGAAACGAUAGAUCAGUUGUUUUAAAAGUUAAAAGUAAUAUUAGAAAACAAAGUGAAAUUCUCUACAGCUCAGGAGGAGUGGAAGCUGGCUGCAGUGAGUGGCAUGGAAGCCAUGAGGCUCUGGGGACCAUCAGCGGGACAGGUGCUGUGCGUGUGGCUCUGACGUCCAUUGGCGGGGACAGGUGCUGGGAGUGCAGCCAGGCUCCUGGCAUGAACUCAGGGUGGGGACGAGCUCAAUGAGCAGCAACAGAUGCUGAAACUGGCUCUGACGGACCCCUGGGGCUGCAGCCAGAAGUGUCCCAUGGCGAGAGGCAACAGCACAUGCACUUGGGCCGGUGCACGCCUGGGAAAGGGGAAAGGGCACCUCCCCAGGGCAGCCCCUGCCUGGGAAAGGGGAAGGGGCACCUCCCCAGGGUGAUACCCACCUGGGUAAGGGGAAGGGACACCUCCCCAGGGUGACACCUGCCUGGGAAAGGGGAAGGGGCACCUCCCCAGGGUGAUACCCACCUGGGUAAGGGGAAGGGGCACCUCCCCAGGGUGACACCCGCCUGGGAAAGGGGAAGGGGCACCUCCCCAGGGUGACACCUGCCUGGGAAAGGGGAAGGGGCACCUCCCCAGGGUGACACCUGCCUGGGAAAGGGGAAGGGGCACCUCCUCAGGGUGGCACCUGCCACCGACUUCCAUGUCAUGAGUCAGAAGUGCUGGGAGGAGGUGCUCUGAAACUUUCUUCCCAGAGCAGGUACUCAUGGAGUUAAGCCACAACUUCCAUAAAAGACGAGCACUCAGCAAAAUGACAAGGCAGCUGGGCAUGGUGCCUCACGCCUGUAAUCCCAGCACUUCGAGAGGUUGAGGCAGGAGGAUCAGUUGAGCCCAGUAGUUUGAGACCAGUUUGGGCAACCCUGUGAGACUCUGUCUUUACCAAAAAAAAAAAAAAAAAAAAUUAGCUGGGUGUGGUGGCGCAUGCCUGUAGUCCCAGCUACUCAGGAGGCUGAGGCGGGAGGAUCACCUGAGCCCAGGAGUUCAAGGCUGCAGUGAGUGAUGACUGUACCACAAUACUCCAGCCAGGAUGACAGCAAUACCCUGAUAAAUAAAUAAAAAUGACAAAGCACCUGAGGAAAUCCAAUUCCAGGAGAGUGAGCCAAGAAAUCCAACAAAAUGGGUGAAUUUAAACCCAAAGAGACAGAAAAAAAGAGUAAUUAAAGAGGUCUUAGGAUGACUGUUAGAAUUUCCAAAGACAUGAAGGAAUGAGAGAAAAGAAUUAAUCAAAAACGUGAGUUUAUGAAUCAAAACAACUAUAAAAAAAAACCAGAUAUGAAAAAUACCCAUGGAAGAAAGUCUCCUAAAUGUAAGAUGCAGUCAUUAACUUGAAAAACCAAGGCUAAGCAAGUAACUCGAAUUGCUGUCUGGAUGUGGCUGAAGAGAGGACUUGUUCCCUGGAGUGCAGAACCAGGGGAAUUUCCCGGGACACCCCACAGAAUGGAAAGGAGAUGAGAAACAGGAAAGAGACAUCAGCAACCCCGAGGGUCAAAGUCCCACCUGCCUCCAACAAGAUUUCCACAUGGGGAGGCCACGCACUGAGAAACUAAGGACUGUCCAGAUUUGUAGAAACACACAGCUGGUGGCUCACGCCUGUAAUCCCAGCACUUUGGGAGGCCGAGGCAGGUGGAUCACCUGAGGUCAGGAGUUCGAGACCAGCCUGGCUAACAUGGUGAAACCAUGUCUCUACUAAAAAUACAAAAAUUAACUGGGUGUGGUGGCUGACACCUGUAAUCCCAGGUACUUGGGAGGCUGAGGCAGGAGAAUCACUUGAACCUGGGAGGUGGAAGUUGCAGUGAGCCGAGAUCACACCAUUGCACUCCAGCCUGGUGAGAGUGAGAUUGUGUCAAAAAAAAAAAAAGGGGGGGGGCUGGACACGAUGGCUUAUGCCUGUAAUCCCAGCACUUUGGGAGGCCAAGGCAGGCAGAUCAUGAGGUCAGGAGUUCAAGACCAGCCUGGCCAACAUAGUGAAACCCAUCUCUACUAAAAACACAAAAAGUAGCUGGGUGUGGUGGUGGGCGCCUGUAAUCCCAGGUACUCAGGAGUCUGAGGCAGGAGAAUUGCUCGAACCUGGGAGGUGGAGGUUGCAGUGAGUUGUGAUCACGCCACUGCACUCCAGUCUGGGUGACAGAGUGAGACGUUCUCAAAAAAAAAAAAAAAAAAAAAAAAAAGGAAGCCUGAGAUGGACAAUGUAUGCAGCGCCCCAUAAUGGAAAGGAAAGGAAUCCACAAACGUCAGGGCUCUGUGAUCAGAGGAACUCGGGGGCCCAGAAGCCCACCCCACAGCCGUUCCUGGUACUGUGCUGCUGGGUGGCAUCGGGUAAAUGCAACCCGCACAUGCUGGAAUCAAAUUUCAGCAAAAGGUUUCUCAGGUUCACAUGAGAGAGCAAAAGCAAGAGAAUAACAGUCAAGAAAGUCCUAAAAUAGUAAUGGGGACAUGUCUAACCGCUAGACGUGCAGUUAUUUUAUAAAUAA